AUGAGACAAAAGGACUCCGAGAAGGGAUUCUUCCGAAAGUACUUUCUGGAAGGUCAGCACUUGGACGAGAGCACUCAACAGCAAGAGCUACCAAAAGACGCCGAUUUCUUGGACGUUAUUUUGAUAAAGUACAGAAAAUAUGUAGCCGUUUUGAUUCCCCUUGUAGUAAUGCAGGCGUUUUGGUGGUUGACAGCCAUUCGCUACUCAUGGUUUCAGCUUUAUCGUACUCAUUGGGAACUGCCGGCUAUCAUGUUGUUAGGGUCUACUGUGGCAGGCAUGACUUCGGAAGGCGGUGGAGCUGUUGCGUUUCCUGUGAUGACUCUUGGGUUGAAGUUAGC